CCGCGGGACUCCAUUUCCCAGCGCGCCCCGCGCCGCCGCGCCGGGGAAGAUGGCGGCGCCCGUGUUGCUCGUGGUUACUGCGCGCUGCCUGCUGCGAGCUGCGGCGCGGCGCGGCGCCCGCCUGCCGCCGCCGACCCUGCGGAGAGCAUAUACAGGUCAGGGGGAUGAGAAGACAGCCCCCGGUACUCUUACAGAUGCUAACUCUAGAGCCUUGUUGGCUUGCAGUGGACCUUUAGAACAUUACAACUUUCUGAUUGAACAAGAAGAGCUGAAGAAGGAUGAGCAACAAAGAAGAGUUGUGCAGCGCCUACAGAAGUUGCAUGAGAGCCUUAAAGGCUACAGCAUAAGUUCAAAAUAUUUUCUCUCAAAGCUCUUUGCAAAAAGCAAGCCUCCAAAGGGUCUUUAUGUCUAUGGAGAUGUUGGCACAGGAAAGACAAUGGUGAUGGACAUAUUCUAUUCUCACUUAGAAGUAGAGAGGAAAAAGAGAGUCCAUUUUCAUGGCUUCAUGCUAGAUGUACACCAGAGAAUACAUCGUCUCAAGCAGAGCUUGCCAAAAAGAAAACCAGGAUUUAUGGCCAAAUCAUAUGACCCAAUUGCACCAGUAGCAGAGGAAAUAAGUGAAGAAGCUUCUCUCUUAUGUUUUGAUGAAUUUCAGGUCACUGACAUUGCUGAUGCCAUGAUUCUGAAACAGCUUUUUGAAAAUCUGUUCCAAAAUGGGGUUGUCGUUGUGGCAACAUCUAACAGGCCGCCAGAAGACCUCUAUAAAAAUGGGCUUCAGAGAGCUAAUUUUGUACCAUUCAUUGCUGUGCUGAAGAAAUACUGCAGCACAGUCCAGCUUGACUCUGGAAUAGACUACAGGAAACGAGUGCUUCCUGCUGCUGGAAAACUUUACUACCUCACAAGUGAAGCUGAUGUGGAGGCUGUCAUGGAUAAGUUGUUUGAUGAGCUGGCUCAGAAACAAAAUGAUUUAACUAGACCAAGGAUUCUAAAAGUGCAAGGCAGAGAGCUGAGGCUGAAUAAAGCGUGUGGAACCAUUGCAGACUUCACAUUUGAAGAGCUGUGUGACAGACCUCUUGGGGCCAGUGACUAUUUGGAAAUAUCCAAGCACUUUGACACAGUCUUUAUUCGCAACAUACCACUUCUUACAAUGGCAAAAAGGACGCAAGCUCGCCGCUUCAUUACUCUUGUUGAUACCUUUUAUGAGCAUAAGGUGCGUAUUAUUUGUUCGGCAGCAACUCCUCUCCAAAGCUUGUUCCUGGUAGAACAUGACAAUGGUGAGCUAGAGGACAACAGAGUGUUGAUGGAUGAUCUGGACUUGAGCCAGGAUUCCGCCAAAGGACUCUCCAUGUUUACAGGAGAAGAGGAAAUUUUUGCAUUUCAGCGUACUGUCUCACGUCUUACAGAAAUGCAGACUGAACAGUAUUGGAAAGAUGGGGACAGAAGCAAAAAAUAGUUAUAAUUAGAAGAGGAAUAAAAGAACACUAAAAAAAAGUGUGUAAAGAAUUAAAACUACAGAAUUGGAAUGCUUUUUAGCACAAAUGAAAUAAUUUAUUGCAUUUUAUCUUCUGGACCACGUUUUUUUCAUCGAGUGGUUUUUAUGCUUCAGACAUAAGGACUCGGUUAUUUUUUUGUACCACUAGUUUGUGGCCAUAUGAAAUUUUGCCUUUAUUUCCUUUUUUGUAAAACAUAAAUUUGUACAGGAAAUUUAACUGGAUCAGAAUUUUUCUUGACUGGAGACCCAGUCAAUGGGCUAUGCUGGGUUGAUGGUGGAUUUAUACUGUUCUUGCACGAACAGGGUGCUUUGUGGUUCAUGCACUAUUCCUGUCAUGUAUAAGACAGCUUGCGCACAAGAAGGAUCAAAUGUUUUGUAUGUGAAACUCCUCCUGAUGUAGCAGAAGUCCCUGCUAGAAACGCAGUUUCUUGUAAUCAGACUGUUGCUCACUCUGGUUGAUUGAAAACUAAGAAUUUGAUCCAAGAGAGAAACCCAAGAAAGAGUUUGAAUGUACUUGAAACCUCAGAUGAUCCAAGUAAGCAUGGGUGACAAAAGAAAACUAUGAUAAGACAGGGUAUAAUGUAACAUAAGUGCAAGCCAAUACUUUUCUUAUAUUUUCUACCAAAAAUGAAGUUUAUGCAAGAUGGAUGUGCUGCCUAUACACUGAUUUCUUUCUACUAUGAAGUUUCUAAGGCUCCAUCUUUACAAUACCUUCCAUUGCUAGUAGCACACCUGCCCUGUUGGGGGGACACUAGUACACAGUAGUGCUGAGGCAGUUCAUCAUACUACUAUAUGAGUGUGUUUUAUGAAAAAGAUGGGACCUUCAUUGAUUUUCAAAAUCAUGUCCUCUAUUCUGGUGGUUGUAGUUGAAAACUUCCUUUUAGUUAGAAUUGCCUUUAACUGUGCUUUAAUCUGAUUGAAACAACACAUGGUAUUGCUCAUAUUAGCUCGUACACUGUUUUUAUAAGAUGUCAUUUUAACAGCGUAUUUAAAAAUAGUUUCCCUGAAUAGGGAAAAAUAUUAUGCAGAUAGGCUGAGAAGACUGCCCUGAUUCCUUGGCAAGGAGAUGUGUUAUAUACCAUCCCCAAAUCUGAAGGUUUUCUUUAGAUUUUACAAUGUGACUUCUUUUGUAUCAUAUGUGUCAUCAAAAUUUUUUUCUCUGCAUUCAUUAAGCCUCAUUAAAUUAUUUGAAUCAUAACUCCAGUUACAAUCAAAAAAAGCUUUUAAAGGGGAUUUUUGGAGGGUGGAGGGGGUGGGAAGCAGGGAGUUGUCCUCUGCAUCUAGAUGUAUUAUGGCAAUAUAAAUGUUUUGGAGCCAUGUGCUCUAGUCCUGGUUUUCUGUUCUGAUCAUUUCUGUUUACCCUGGAAGUUACUUAUACUGGCUAUACCAGUUCUUCAGAUAAUUUUCAAAGCCUAUACUUAAUUGUGUAAAUUGCAAACUGUGUUAUUCCCACAAGGGCGACUACAACAAAGAAUUCUAAUAUAUAUUUAUGAAAAAUCCAGUCACAGUAGAUUGCAUUUACAUAGGAAUUUCAGAAGAACUGAUGUAUGUUCUCAGAGAUUUAAUUUAUUUAUUAGAUUAAUUUAGAUUAAUUAGGUUUCUCAACAGAGGGACUAUUGAGAAAUGGUUUUCAUGCAUGCAAGUGUGUGUGUAUAUAUAUUUUUAAAGAUAUUAAUAUACGUAAUUUAAUUUUGUAUGCAUAUAUAUUUAUACAUGGUAGCCUCUACUCAUUAGCCUGAGCCUAAGCUGAUGAGUCUCCUGAAGUUUCAGCCUAGGCUUGACUUUUUUUCUAAUAGCGUUCAAAUGCCUCUGGCCCCGUCUGAAUCAGAAGCCCAUGUGCAAAAAUGGGAGGUGAUGGUAGAUAGCCUAAGGCAUUUGCAUCUAGGUAUUUAUUUGCAUUGUUUUAAAAACUGAUCGCAGGUUUAGCCUGCGUGCCCUCCUCCAUCACACGGUACAGUGGAAACGAGCCUUGCAGAAACAGGCGAGAAGUCUGGGACAUGCGAGAGGGGAUGUUGUUCUGCAGGUUGUCUGCUCCUGCAGAGGCUGUCACGGCAGCCAAGUGAGGUGCUCCUCCUCGGUCUGUGGGCAAUGACUGACCUCACUGAACCGGGGGGCUCCCUGUGGCCCCUGGGCAAACGUUCUUGUGCCCAAACUGGCGUAGCUUUGCUUGAUGGCAUUUGGGGCUUUUUUGCCUUCUGGGCGCCCAUCCCAAAUUGAGGUACGCAGGGUUUCUGGAAGCACAGCAGGCCCUGGGAGUUGUUGAAAGCUGCCUGGGAUGUAGGUGAGCUCCCUCCAGUUACGAGAGGGACAUCAAGUUCCCAGAAGCUUCCAGAGUCACUGCUGCUUCCAGGACGUGUUCCUAAAUAAAAUCUUGGUGCAGUUUGUUCCUUGCCCAGCAAGGAAGCCUUCUGGUGGGAGUCUGGUAGGCACCUGAAGUAAUCAAGGAGAGGAAAUGAGGGAUACUGCAGAAGUGAGAGACUGAAAACAAGAGAAGCUGCUUAAAUCACUGUGCAGUAUCUGUGGUUGCACUGCACAGUGUGGAUUGCCACCUCCCGGUCAGGACCACAGGCAGAGAUUGGUGGGACCAAAUUGUCAGUCAGGCCAGAUGCCGGGAUGGAGAUCACUACAGUACCCGGAGGCACAGUUACGUGCACCCACUUCAAGUCAGGCCCUAUUUCACGGUGCUGCUCGUAAUGCUGUAACAUGCACAAACCCUCUUUCCAACAGGGAAUUUGAGGGGGCUUCUUCUGAAGCCAGACAACUCUCAGGCAAUUGGGUGCUGCCCAGAAGCGGUUGCUGAAGCCCGAAGCUGCUGCGUCCUGCCCCCGGGGGCCGGGCAGCCCGCGCUCCCGCUACGGUUAGACAGCAAAGCUUCUCAAGCUUAAAGGCUGCUUCUUCCUACAUUAAGGUAUUUUAGUUGUCAACAUGUAAACAGUGAAAUGCCUGCAAAUAAAUUAUGCACACUCCUUAAUGGCCUUAAAAUUGCUGGAUUUGUGCUGUACACAUCUAUACCAAAUUCAAGCACAGUCUUUUUAGUUUUUUUUAAUUUGCAAAUUCCUGUCAUCUUAUAUCUGCAACAUAUUUUUAUUUAACUUUUAGUCUUUCAGCAAGCAUUACUGCUGAGUUAUUUUUAAACAUCUUUUAGAAAUAAUCUUAUUGAUGUGGGAUGAUACUUUGCUGUCACAGUAAGUAAAACCCUUGUGAUGAUAUUCACCAUGUGAAAUGUUUCAUGUUGGUUCAUAAAGGCCACAACCUGGCUGCGAAUCUCUCAGCUAACUUGUUUCAAAUACUUGACUGAUUGAGGAAUGUUCCUGAUGCCCAAAAGUUUAAGUUACAGCUUUUGUGCAUGUAGCUGCUCUGUCCACACAGAUACUUUAAAGUGUCUGUAUUUUCAUUUCAGAUUUUGUGCAGUAGAUCUUAUCUUUUUUAAAAAAUAGCACAGUUCUGUCUUUCUAAACUAAUGGUUUUGAGCAUUUACCUUCACAGAAAUAGAGGGAACAGUUACAGUAUUUUGGGUAUAAUGAGACAGCUUUGCAAAGGUCUUUGGAGGGACUGAAGAUAUACUUUUUGCUGUUGUCAUUUUUAAUCUAAAAACAAAAGCCAUUAAUGCUUUUUUUGAGUAAACAUGAUCAUAAUGAAACUGUAUAGAUAUAUGUCACCUAUUUUGUUUAAAUUGAAACAUGAAAAAAUGGCAAGGUUUCAAACAGAUGUCACCAGACAUCUCACAAGGAGGAAGAAUGGUCUCUCCAUUGAGAUGUGUCUGAGAGGAUCAAGACCCAGGAAUUCUCUUUUUGGAAUUGCCUGGAUCUGAAUUAGCCCUGUGCCUCAGUUUCCCUGUUGAUAAAAUGGGAAAGAUGUUAACUUCUUAUUUACUAAUACUGGAGCGUUGCCAGGCUUAGUUCAUUAAUAUUCUAAGAUGCUCUCUGAGGCUCUGGGAUGAAAAUACUUCAGUAAAGUAUGUAAAUAGCAUCAGCUACUCACAGUGGAUUAGUUUUCUUGUUUGGGUUACAGAAUAAAUGCCAUCAACAAAACACCACAUGCCUCUUUGUAAUGAUGUUUUUCUUUGCAUAAUGCAUCUAUUUUAAAGAAAAAAAAUGAGAUUUGUGAUAAAAAACAAACCAAUUCAUGUAGUUUUUCUUCUACCUAUAAUGUCAGAUUUCCUUUAUGAUUCAUUACCACUUAGUUCUUGUACUUGUGAGCUACAGUAGCUUCAUAAAUUUUGUUGGGAUUUUUGUUUUAUUGUAUACUGAGAAUAUUUUUAAAAUACAUAAUUUGGAGUCUAAUAUAUAACAAAGUGAACAUUGUUAAAUCCUGCCAUUUGAAAAGUAUGCUGUAAUAAGGAAAAACUAAUAAAUCCAGAUUUUAUAAACAUUUUA